GAGCUCCAGCCACAACCGCUGGCAUUCACCCACUUCUCUCCAUCUGUCAAGAGUUCGGCGCUUCAUCCUCUCGCCUCAGGAGCCAGUCCCUUUCCAGCCACAGUUCUCAGGUCAUCAUGUCUAGGAAGGUGGUCAGGUCCAGUAAGUUUCGCCAUGUCUUUGGCCAGGCGGUGAAGGCGGACCAGUGCUACGAUGACAUCAGGAUCUCCCAGAUGACCUGGGACAGCAACUUCUGCUCCGUCAACCCCAAAUUUGUGUCCAUGAUUGUGGAUGCCAGCGGUGGAGGAGCCUUCAUUGUCCUGCCCCUGAGCAAGACGGGUCGUAUUGACAUGUCCCAACCCACUGUCUGUGGACAUACUGGACCCGUGCUGGACAUUGAGUUUUGCCCACAUAAUGACAACAUCAUUGCCAGCGGCUCUGAAGACUGUAGUGUCAUGAUCUGGGAGAUUCCAGAGGGAGGCCUCGUAACGCCACUGAGGGACCCAGUUGUGAAGCUGGAAGGGCACUCGAAACGUGUGGGCCUUGUCAGCUGGCACCCUACUGCCCACAAUGUGCUAAUGAGUGCAGGCUGUGAUAAUGUGGUGAUCCUCUGGAACGUGGCUCGUGGAGAAGCAGUGGUGCGCAUUGACACUGUGCACACGGAUCUGAUCUACAGCGUCUGCUGGAACAGAAAUGGCUCGCAGAUCCUCACCGCCUGCAAGGACAAGAAACUACGAGUGAUCGACCCUCGCAAGGGCACUGUUAUCUAUGAGAAGGACAAGCCUCAUGAAGGCUCCAGGCCAGUCAGAGCUGUGUUUGUGUCUGAUGGGAAGAUCCUGACCACUGGUUUCAGCCGCAUGAGUGAGCGACAGGUGGCUCUGUGGGAUCCUAACAACUUCGGUGAGCCCUUGACUCUGCAGGAGCUGGACACCAGCAGUGGAGUGUUGUUACCCUUCUUUGACCCUGACACGGGUAUAGUCUACCUCUGUGGCAAGGGCGAUAGCAGCAUCAGAUACUUUGAGGUGACAGACGAGGCUCCAUACGUCCACUAUCUGUCCAUGUACAGCAGUAAGGAAAGCCAGAAGGGCAUGGGAUACAUGCCGAAGAGAGGCCUGGAGGUCAACAAGUGUGAGAUUGCAAGAUUCUAUAAACUCCAUGAGAGGAAAUGUGAACCUGUUGUGAUGACUGUGCCUCGUAAGUCUGACUUGUUUCAAGAAGACCUUUACCCCAACACGGUGGGUCCAGAGCCAUCAGUGGAGGCGGAUGAUUGGUUUGCAGGCAAAGAUGGCGAACCAAUCCUGAUCUCCUUGAAAGACGGUUUUGUGGCUACAACCAAGAACAAAGAGUUCAAAGUCAUCAAGAGCUUGAUGUCCACCACAUCAUCAUCCUCAUGCAACCGACAGUCAGACAGUGGGGAUGUUCAGGCCUUGCAGAAUGAGGUGAAGAAGCUGAAGGAGAUGGUGGAGGAUUUGACCAAGCGAGUGAAUGACCUGGAGAGCAAGUAGAUGAAGACAGACCCCAGAUGAAUUGAAAAUAUGAAUUUUAAAAAUGCAAAUGGACAUGAGCAAGAUGUGCGAAUAAUGAAAACGUAAAAGGUGCAAGAUUUCUAGAUUCAUGUGAAAGAUUUUCUCGGAUGUCAUUUUGCUGUCCUUUGCACACCAAAUAUUGUUCUUCAGGGAUUUAACUUUUUUUAUGUGAUGUUUUAUUUGGAGCCCAUUUUAAUAUGUUUUAUAGGACUUAAAAUAAAGUGUUAUUUUAUCAAAGCUUUA